CGGAGAUGACCCUGCCCGGCGGGCCCGCGGGGAUGGCCCGGCCGGGGGGCUCCGGUCCCCGCGGCCCCGGGCCCCGCAGCCCCGAGCUGGGCCGGGCCCCGCGCCGGACGGUGCGGGAGCUGCGCUCGCUGUUCGAGGCGCGCUGCGCCGCGGCGGCCGGGUCCGGGGGGCCCGGGGGGCCCCGGGGGCCCGGGCGGGGAGGGGCGCGGGUCCCCAACGGGCCUCCCGCCCCCGCCCCCCGCCCGGGCAUCCCGCGGCUCACCGUGACGGCCGAGGAGCCGUCCGGGCCCCCCGACCCCCGGCCCCCGGGUCCCCCCGGGCCCCCGGAGCCCCCGCGGGGGUCCCGGCUGAGCACGGCCGGCGCGGGGCACCUCCCGCAACCGCGCCGCCCGUCCACCUCCUCCGUCUCGUCCACCGGCUCCUCCUCCCUGCUCGACGACUCCGAGGACGAUCUGCUGAGCGACGGAGAGGGCCGGACCCGGGGCGAUGUCCAGCUGGACGGCGGGGCCCGGGGCCACGGGCAGGCAAGAGUCACCGGGCCCUGGCAGAAGAUUCGGACUAUGGUCAACCUGCCGGUCAUCAGCCCCUUCAAGAAGCGCCAGCCCUGGGUGCAGCUGGCCGGGCACACAGGGAGCUUCAAGGCGUCCGGGACGAGCGGGCUGAUCCUGAAACGCUGCUCGGAGCCGGAGCGCGACUGCCUGGCGCGGCUGAUGGAGGACGCCCUGCGGGGCUGCGUGCCCACCUUCCACGGGGUGGUGGAGCACGACGGCGAGACCUACCUGCAGCUUCAGGACCUGCUGGCCGGCUUCGACACGCCCUGCGUGCUGGACUGCAAGAUGGGGGUCAGGACCUACCUGGAGGAGGAGCUGAGCAAGGCCCGGGAGCGGCCCAAGCUACGCAAGGACAUGUACAAGAAGAUGCUCGAGGUGGACCCCGGCGCCCCGACGGCCGAAGAGCACGCGCAGCGCGCGGUCACCAAGCCCCGCUACAUGCAGUGGAGGGAGAGCAUUAGUUCCAGCACCACGCUGGGCUUCCGGAUCGAGGGCAUCAAGAAAGCCGACGGCUCCUGCAACACCGACUUUAAGACGACCAGGAGCUGGGAGGAGGUGGAGCGGGUCUUCACCGAGUUUCUGGACGGGGACGCCGAGGUGCUGGGGCGAUACCUGAGCCGCCUGCGGCAGAUCCGGACCACGCUGGACAUCUCCGAGUUCUUCCGGAGACACGAGGUGAUUGGCAGCUCCCUGCUGUUCGUGCACGACCGGACCCGGCGCGCCGGCGUGUGGCUCAUCGACUUCGGCAAGACCACCCAACUGCCCGGCGAACAGACGCUGGACCACCGGCGGCCCUGGGAGGAGGGCAACCGCGAGGAUGGCUACCUUCUGGGCCUGGACAAUCUCAUCGGCAUCCUGGCCGGCUUGGCCGAGAGGUGAGGCCGGCCUCGCCCGCCGGUGCGUGCGCCGGAGGGACUCCGGACCGGGCCGCGGCCGAGGGCGGGGACUCCUUCCGGACCGGCCCCGGGGGCCCCGGCGGCGGCGGACGGGGCCGGAGCCGCAGGACGGCUAGCGGGGGACGCUCCGGACCGACCGACCCCCCGACCCGGCGGGUCCGUCCCCCGGCCCCCAGCCGGCCUCUCUUCUAGCGGACCCUCAUCUGUUGUUGUUUUUUGCGGGGCCGCGGGGAGAAAGACCUUCCCCUUCCCUUUAUCCGUCGCACCCCCUCUUCCGGCCCGGCUAGGGCCGCCCCGGGUUCGUAGAGCUCGAGGGAGCAAAGGUCAGGCCUAGGGAUUUCCUUCGGCACUCACGGUCGCUAUCGAGAGCCUCGGGUUCACAGUCCAAAAUUAGCCUGCCCGUCCUCCCCUACCCCCAUAAAACAGCCCCCCCCACUCCCUCUUCCCUGAGUUUCUCCCCUCCCCCCGCCGCCCCCUUCCCCCAGCAGUGGUCUCCCACAGAAAGCUUAGGGGACGAGGGUGAGAGAGGGAAGGGCCCGGGGUCUCGGCCGCUGCCCUCUGGCCGUCAAUUUAUAACUAUAUACCCGUGCCAUCUGCACCUCUCCUUCCGGAGGGCACAAAGACAGCACUGAGCGAGUCGUCGGCUUUAUUGUCGGGCAGGAGUCCUGGCCGGGAGCUGGGGGGCUACGCUCUGACCCCCUUAGAGGGUCCCUCUCCGCCCCGAGCCUUCCUGGGUCAUCUCCGGCUCCUUCCUGGUCACCGCCCAGCAGGGGCUACAGAAGGAAAGGGCCCGGACUGGCAGGGUUGGAGAGGAAGAGGCCCGGGUUCUGCUCCCUGGGAGGUGGUCCCGGCUGGCAGGGUCGGGACCAGGACACCCCUCUGGCCGGGAGGGGAGCCCCCAGCCCGUCUCCCGCCCGGCCGCCGGCCCCCUUUGCCCCGUCCCGACCGAGCAGGCGCAGAGGGCAGGGGAUGGGCCCGGGGAGAGGCCGGGGAGCUGGGCGAGGCACCGCCCGCCCCCCGUCGAUGCCCGAGUCGACGCGUUUGGCCCCGGGUGAGGGCCAGGCCCCGUAGGUCGGGUUUCACGGACUCUGCUUCUCUUUCCGAACUGGGAGGGGGCACAGGCCGGGGCUUGGCGCCAGGGAGGAACCCCUGCCAGUUGGACGGGGCACGGGUGGCUCACCAGGUUUACCAGGCUUACGGGGCCUUCCUUCCCAGGCUUACCAGGCCUUCUCCCCUCAGCUCCCGUGGCCGCCCGGCGAGGGGAGGGGGAGCGGGCCGCCGAGACCGGGCUGGGGGUACGAGAACUUGUCGUCUGGCUGUGGGAGAGCCCCGGGACCAGAUCCAUAUCUGCCAGCAGAGAAUAAAUCUGCGCAUCAGAGUCCUGA